AUGCGUCUCAGGCACCUGUUGCGACAGUACUUCGCUCUGCGGUACUGGACCCUCGGCUACGUGUGGUGUAGUGCCCAGUCGGCGAGAUGUGCAUCUCGGGCACCUGUUGUCCUGCUACCCAAACCUGCGCUGGAAUGGGCACUUCUACUUGUUGUUCCACAAACCAAACAUGCAUCUCAGGCGUCUGUUGCGAUAAUACUUCGCUUUGCGGUACUGGAGCCUCGGCCACAUGUGGCUGCCCGAAUGGCGAGACAUGCGUCUCAGGCGCUUGCUGUGCUAACAAUGAAGUUUGUCAAGGUGCUAAUGGUGCCUCCUGUUGCUCGCCAACCCAACAAUGUGUCUCGGGGACCUGCUGCGAUUCCCUGUCAGUCUGCGCUGGAACCUGCUGUUCGCCAACUCAAAAAUGCCUCUCGGGUGCUUGUUGCGAUACUACGCAAUGCGCGGCUGGCCAAACAUGCAUUGCGGGCUCGUGCUGCGACGAUAGUCAAAUCUGCACUGACGCAAUGGGCGUCAGCACAUGUUGUCCCGCCAGUGAUGUAUGUUUAUCCGGUGCUUGUUGCGCCAAAGCUUCAGCAUGUGGCACUACGUGUGAAGUAA